AUGAUGAAGAUUCAAAAGCAAUUAUCUCUCUUAUGCAUUUCACUAACACUUCUAUUUUCCCUCACUUUAGCAACCCUUUCUCCUGCCACGUCACCAGUUCAAACUCAAACUCAAACACCAACUUCAUCCCCAACAAAACCCCUAAUCCCUACACUACCACCAAAUGACAAUAAUACCCCUCAAACAUCCACAACCGACAUAGUUCAAAUCCUUAAACAAGCAAACUCAUUCAACAUCUUCAUCCGUCUCAUGAAAACAACUCAGUUAAUCAACCAACUAAACUCGCAACUCAUAACCAUAAAAUCUGGUGGCUUAACAAUUCUUGCACCAGAAGAUUCAGCAUUCUCAGAACUCAAACCAGGCUUCCUCAACACACUCUCCAAUGGACAGAAACUAGAGCUACUUCAGUUCCACGUUGUUCCAGAUUUUGUAUCUAGCUCUAACUUCGAUACUUUGACUAACCCUGUGAGAACACUCGCCGGAAACAAACCUGGAAAAGUUGAACUUAACGUGAUUAGUUUUAAUGGAAACGUGAAUAUUUCAACUGGAGAAGUUAAUACGACGGUUAAUGGAGUUAUCUAUACGGAUAAACAUCUUGCUAUUUAUAGGGUUGGUAAAGUGCUUAUUCCGUCGGAGUUUUAUCCGAAGAAGAAAAUUGUGGUGGCGCCGGCUUUAGCACCGGCGCCUGUGAUUGACGAGGCUAAGGCGCCGAAGGCUGAGAAGGAGAAACCAGUGUCUUCGGAAGAUUCAUCGUCGCAGGUUGUUCCUACUCUGACAUCUGGUGGUAUGAGAAUUGAUGUGUAUGGAACUUGGGUGGUUACUGUUGUUGGAAUUGUUUUGGGAGGUUUUUACAACAUGAAGUACUAG